CGGGAGGGGAAGUGCAUAAUCAGUCACGAACUUGAAGCCAUUCUAACCACAUCGUUUCUGUGCUUUACGACGAAGCGGAAUUUGUUAAGCGAGUAAGCCUGUUUGAACGGAUGAUUAAGAAAACUGGUUUUUGGUGAUUAUUAAUUAGUGAUCGGUUUCGGUCGAACGGUUUCGAGUUUAAACCGGUGUGCAGGUGAAAGCAAAAGAGACAUUUUACUACGAAGAUUAAAACCGUAAUUCAAUGAGUGGAACAAACAAUUAAGCUUUGGCAAAAGACAAUCUACAGUUUUAAAAGAGAAGAUUUAGUGCAGUGAACUAUGGUAAACAUUGAUCCAACAGCUAUGAAUGGACAAACGAUGUUUAGUAUGGCCCGUGCGCCUCUGAAAUCGAGCUUUUCGAUUAAUUCAAUUCUGCCGGAAACCGCGAUGACGACUUCACCGACACACACUCCGUCGCCGUCGCCUCAUUCGUGCCAUUCGCCAAUCGGAUCAGAGGAGCAGGAUCAUGAUCUAACCGAUACGGAAUCAGACUUGGAUGUAACGGGAACGCCACCUCCAAUGGAUUGUAGCAAUAAGGAAAAAUCAGAUGAAAAUGAAGAUGGUGCAUCAAGCCCCAAGGAUGGUGAAAACAAGGGCAAGGAAAAACCCCCGUACAGUUAUAAUGCGCUAAUUAUGAUGGCUAUUCGGGAUAGUGCCGAUAGGCGUCUCACAUUGAAUGGAAUCUACGAGUAUAUUACGCGAAAUUUUCCAUUCUACCGGGAUAACAAACAAGGUUGGCAAAACUCAAUUCGACACAAUCUUAGUUUGAAUAAGUGCUUUGUGAAAGUGCCUCGCCACUACGACGACCCCGGCAAGGGUAACUACUGGAUGUUGGAUGCUUCAGCAGAAGAUGUAUUUAUCGGUGGAUCCACUGGAAAACUCCGUCGUCGCUCAACCGCCGCUUCUCGAAGCCGUCUAGCUGCCUUCAAGCGGUCACUCGUUGGACCAAUGUUCCCAACUCUGGGUUACCCUCAGUUCAAUCAGUUUAUGUAUCCAUCACCCGCCCAAGCGCAAACUGCACUGCUAGCACAAAUGUACUCAAGGUAUGCCCCUUACGCUCCAAGCAUAGCACCGAAGCCCACCCUGCCACUACCGCUAUCACUCCCCGUCGGUGCACCGGGAUUCGGAAUGGAUCGACUGUUAGCCGCCGGUGUUGCUCCUCAACUUACACAUCAAGGUAUUGCGCAGCAUCAGCAAGCGCAGGCCGAACUAUACCAAAGACUGCAGUAUCAGCAACUUCUCCAGCAUCAUGCCGCCCAAGCGCAAGCUCAGGCCGCUCACAUGCAGCAGCUUAGUCCUACGGAAAACCACCAGCAGCACUCACCUACCCUGCCCAACCAGCCUCCAUCAGGAUCCAGCUUAUCCCACCAACCGCAAGGAUCGCCGACGGGACCAACCAUUUUCAAGCCAAUCCCAAGGCACAGCUGAGAAUCUCCCCAACUUGCCGUGUCGAUUCCUGUCGACCAAGCAGAAACCAUCUAGUGCAAAUAUUUAUUUAUUAGCUAAAUUCAAGAGUCUACUUAGAGUUCUGCUGCAGACGCAAAGAUGGCAAACGCCACACCAGUGAUAUCUAAAGAAGAGAUUGUAGGAGAUUCAACUUUCCGACACUCGGCUGAGGCUCCUUUGGAGCCAUUCAACUGAAGCAUAGAAAGCUUGGAACGUGCUAUAAUAUAGUGACUUAAGUUGGUCUCAUAACGAGCAUUGAGUUUUUUUCCAUGAAAAAUGCACCUGUUAAGUAACUGUGACUGUCUCUGUUUCAAUUCGCCAAUUGUUUAAUGAAUUGCUCUUUGCUACAAUUGGAAAAUCGAUCCAAACACGAAACGCUGUAAAUAUAAAUUUGUAAAUUCCUUGUAAACGAAAAGUAUUAGCAAUUUUUAUUAGCUGUUAAGCAUCCAUUAGAAUACUUAUAUGAAAAUUAUAUUUUCCCGAAAAGUCGAAAAAAUCAUAAAAAAUACAACAAAACCUGAAUCUGAAAAACAA